UUACUGUUCGAUUCGUCCGCCGUCGACGUGCGGCCGAUUGACGAGCUACGUCGCGCAAGCUUUUCUUUCCCCGUGCCCACCCCGUCGCCGUACCUAACCGUAGCGUUGAUAAAACAACGAUAGCGUACGAGACCUGUACUGACAUCGGAAUAACAACAAUAAUAAUAAUAACAUGUAUUGUAUCGAAUACUAUACACGACGUCGUACAUAGUAUGUGAUUAUAUUUCGUAUAGAGGUAGUCGUCUCCACGGACGGUUGCAUCGCACGACGCCCGUAAUAUCAUUUUUCGCCUCGUUCACCUUCAUCAGGCUUCCCGUCCUCACGGAUCGCGAUUGGUUCGAAGAAGCCUCAAAACAUAAUCGACUGCUUUUUAACAUCACGGACGCGUAUGUAAAAUGUACGUUGAUUGGAGAAUUAAACAUUGGAAAAUUAACAUUUAACGAAAAUUUCGUAUACGAGUAAUUUAUAAGACAUACAAUAAACAAUGCCUCUCUUCUACAGCGUAGUUACCAGGGGUAUGGUAGUGCUUGCUAAGCAUGCAAACUACCAAGGUAAUUUUGGUGAAAUUUUGGAGUGUGUUUUAACUCAAAUUGGACCAGAAAAUAAAAAACAAAGUUUAUUACACGAUCGUUAUUUGUAUCAUUACAUUUGUGAAGAUCAAAUAAUUUAUAUGUGUAUCACAGACGAUGAAUUCCAAAGAUCCAAAGCAUUUUUCUUUCUUAAUGAAAUAAAACGUAGAUUCCAAGCUACAUAUAGUGUUCGAGCACAGAAUGCUAUUGCAUAUUCUAUGAACUCUGAGUUUGCUCCAAUACUUGCUUCUGAAAUGAAACGAUUUUCUAAUCUUAACGAAUUUGAUACAUUAUCGAAAGUACAUGGACAACUCGAUGAACUAAAAGACAUAAUGGUUCGAAAUAUUGACAACGUAGCUCUUCGAGGAGAAAAACUUGAAUUGUUGGUUAAUAAAACUGAAAAUUUGUGUUCACAAUCCAUGAAUUUCAGAGUACAGAGUCGUACACUUCAACGUUCGUUAUUCUGGAAAAAUGUAAAAAUUUAUGUUUUAUUUGUACUUAUAGGAAUUGCUAUUAUAUAUUUUGUUGCUGUCUUUUUCUGUGGAUCACUUGUUCUCAAUUGUAAUUAACUUUUUGUAUUUAUUGUGUAUCCAUAUCAUAACAUCUAAAAGUAUGUUUCUCCUGAUUGUUUAUGAUUUCUAGAUUGUUAAAUAUUAUGUACUGUAA